AGUGCCUUCUGAUGCCAUAAAGAAGUUGGUAAUCAGUUUAGUGAACAGUAAGAGCAAGGGCAGUGUGAUUAGAUAAUACCCUGUGUGAUAGUGCAUGAUUAUCUCACCGGUGAUCACUCUGAUUCUCAAGCUGGUACUGGGACCACACUUGAUGAGGUAACAUGGGUUUAAUCCGAAUGGCAGUGGUGGUGGGAGUGGUGGCCCUUGUCUGGGGUGCCAGCCUCCAGGAACUGUCUUUGGGAGGCUGGACAGUGCCACCACUUACCCUGUGCCAUCUUCUUGGUGUAGCAGCGCUAGUAUACAUCGCUUGCGGAGGACACUACACCCUGUGGCUUGUGUACAUGACUCUACCACGGGAUCUGAGAGCUGGCAUACGAUAUCUGAAGGUCCUCAUGAAACUCAAAACAGCAUCAUACUUUAAUAUGAGUAUACCAAAGUUAUUUAUGGAGAAUGUACGCAAAAACCCAAACAAAGUUGCUCUCAUAUUUGAAGACCAAGAGUGGACUUUUACUCAGAUUGAUGAGUACAGCAACAGAGUAGCCAACCUGAUGGUGUCAGAGGGGUACAAACACGGGGAUACAGUGGCCUUAUUCAUGAUGAACCAACCAGAGUACAUCUGCACCUGGCUGGGUUGUGCCAAAGUUGGGGUCGUGGCAGCGCUGAUCAACUUCAAUCUGCAGCAGACACCACUAGUCCACUCCAUCCAGGUGGCAGAUUCCAAAGCCAUCAUUUGUGGUGUGGAGCUGCAGAAUGCUCUGAAAGAUGUGAGGGACCAGUUGAGUGUUCCAGUGUAUGUGUCAGGGUGUCGCAACACCGCUCCAGAAGUCAGUGAUGCUAAGAACCUGGACCAUCUGCUGAGUGCCUCUAGUCCUACCCCACCCCUUGAGAUAGACUCAGUCAGCACUAAUGACAAACUGGUGUACAUCUACACCUCCGGCACCACUGGUCUGCCCAAAGCUGCCAUCAUCAAGCACUCCAGAUACUUGUUCUUUUGUGCUGCGGCAUACCACAUGGCCACCCUGAGGGAGGAGGACAUCAUAUACAACCCCCUGCCUCUGUACCACACUGCUGGAGGCAUGGUGGGCAUGGGCCAGGUGCUUGUCUUCAACUGCACUGCUGUCAUCCGCCGCAAGUUUUCAGCCUCUCAGUUCUGGAUUGAGGCCAAGAAGCACAACUGUACUGUUGGCCAGUAUGUGGGAGAGCUGUGCCGCUACCUCCUCAAUACUCCACCCAAGCCCGAGGACACCCAACACAAGGUGAGAGUGAUGUUUGGGAAUGGAGUGAGGCCUCAGAUCUGGAAGCAGUUCACUUCCCGCUUCAAAAUGCCAGUCAUCGCAGAGUUUUAUGGAUCAACAGAAGGCAUUGCAAACAUAAUGAACAUGGAUGGCAAACCUGGUGCGUGUGGAUUUGUGUCAGUGAUAGUUCGCCAUGCCCUGCCUGUGUACUUGGUCAAGGUGGACCAAGAGACCGGAGAACCUCUGAGGAACAAAAACGGACUCUGCAUUAUGUGUAAACCUGGAGAGCCAGGAGAAUUUGUGGGCAUGAUCAGGAAGAAUGACCCAAUGCGUGACUUCCAUGGCUAUGCAGACAAGAAGGCCACACAGAAGAAGGUUAUUCAAGAUGUAUGGAAGAAAGGGGAUGCAGCUUUCAAGUCUGGUGACAUCCUGGUAAUGGAUGAGUUGGGCUACAUGUAUUUCAAGGACCGGACUGGAGACACCUUCCGCUGGCGGGGAGAGAACGUGUCGUCCACUGAGGUGGAAGGGGUGGUCUCCAAGAUGGCUGGCAACAAGGAUGCUGUAGUGUAUGGAGUAGAAGUGCCCGGGGCUGAAGGCAAGGCUGGGAUGGCAGCAAUUGUGGAUCCUGAGGGCAGCCUUGAUCUGACAGAUUUUCUUAAAGGGAUGAAGAAGAAUCUGCCUCCCUAUGCCUGCCCCCUGUUCGUGAGAAUACUGAAGGAGAUUGACGUCACAGGUACCUUCAAAUUGAAGAAGUUGACCCUACAAAAAGAAGGUUUUGAUAUAAAUUUGGUUAAAGAUGAGCUUUACUUCUUGGAUGGCAAACUUGGCAAAUAUGUCAAGCUGACUCCAGAACUUUUCACUAAGAUUAGCGAUGCCAAAGCUGGACUGUGAAUAGUUAUUAAGUUAAGUAUUUACAGGGCAUUAGAUCCUUUAAGGAACUGUCUUCCACUGUGGGUUUCCUUUUCUUGAAUAGCACAGAUAGUUACACAUGGACCUCCUGUGAUCAGAGUCAUCCUAGUCUUUCAUAAAUUUCAGGUUUCCGUGGAUGUAAACUUUCACACUAAACAAAUAUCAGUAAGUGGCACGACAGCCAGUUUUCAAGGUCCAUAUGAAGACCAUCUGUGAUCCUCAAAUUAAUACCAACAGUUUCUGCACAUGUUGCUGCAGUUUGACUCAUUUUAGACUAGUUUUCUAUACUGAGUGGUGUGCAAGUAGAGAAUUACAAACAGUGCCUUGCCACCAAAGAGACAACAAGGAAGGAGCAGACAGAAUGCAUGAAGAGCAAAUCCAGUCAAUAAAUAUUCAUAUCAAGGUUAGGCUGUAGCAGGUAAUUGAUAAUAUGUAGAUAAGUAUGUACCAAUGACUCAAUAUUACUAGUCCAGGGCCAGUAUGCAGCAUAUCAGCCAUUGCUUCAAACCAAAGUUGCCUUCAUGGUGGAGCAUAAUAAGAUGACUUGAAAUUAUUUUGAUAUUAGCACAAGUUAAGUGUGGUAUCUGGGAGGAGAAUGUGUUAAGUUCUGAAAGAUAAAGUGUUCUACUUUCAGCCAAUACUUUUCAUUGGUAAAUUGUUAAAUGGUGUGUGAGAACUUGAAGGAGGUAAAAGGUUACAGGAUGAAUAGAAGUGAAAUAUGGGAAGAAAAUGGGUAUGUGAGUGUUUUCAGCAAAGUAGCACAUUAGUACA